AUGGCUACCCAACUAGAGCACCCUCAUCUUGGACACAUCCGUGGCGUCAAACCCGGUGUUGAAGGUGUGGCACAGUACUUGGGCAUCCAGUAUGCUACACUUGCCCAUCGUUUUGCUGCCCCAGAAGUGAAGAUCAAAUAUGAAGGAACGGUUGAUGCAACAAAUUUUGGCCCCAGUGUCGUUGCGUCCUCGUCAGGCUGCGAUGUCGAGUUCAGCCUCAUUCAGAAGCCUCUUGACGGGCCCAUUUCACCGGCCAUUUCCGACUUGGACAGUUUAAAUCUCAACAUAAGUGUCCCUAUAGCUUCGGUUGGGGAAGAAGCGGCGAAGCUUCCCGUCCUUGUGUUCAUCCACGGUGGAGGCUUCAUCCACGGCGGCAACUGGGCUCCUCAUUAUGAUCUAGCCUCCAUUGUUGCUUACUCCCAAUCAAUCGGAAAGCCUAUAAUCGGUGUGUCAAUCAAUUACCGACUUGGAAUCCCCGGCUUUCUUGACAGCGAGGAGCUGAGGGCAACAGGUGCCCCGGCAAACAGAGGUCUUCUCGAUCAACAGGCAGCGUUCCAAUGGCUUCGACUCAACAUUGGCGGAUUUUCAGGCGAUCCGGACCAAAUCACCGCUGUUGGGCAGAGCGCUGGAGGUAGCUCUAUCAUGCAUCUCCUGGACCUUGACCCCGUCGAAGAACCAAUCUUUAGCCGAGCUGUCUGCAUGAGCGGAAACAAACUGGCUGCCGCCGUAUUCCCUAGAUCUGCCGCUCAAGACGCGUAUGGAGCUGUCCUUCAUCAUCUCGGUAUAGAUUCUGCCAUGCCCAUCGACCAUCAAAUAGCCAACUUGAAAGCGACAACGCCCGAAGACCUUCUGGCCAAGGUACCUAGUUCAGUUCCCUUAGGUCCAGUAGUGGAACCGGAUCAGUUACCGUCAUUUGGAGCAAUCAAGGCACAUUCGUGUGCGUCUCGACGUGCCCUACCUCUCAUGAUUGGCUCAGCUGACUUCGACGGAGCCAUUUUCGAGGUAAUGGGUCUUUUCGCCAACCGAGAGUCCGACUCACUAGGUCAAGGGUUUGCCAAAUGCCUGAUGAAGACUCUUCCCACUAUGCAGCAUGCCAACAUUGGAAAGCUUCUCGACCUAUACGGGCUUUUUCCGAUAGAAACAGACGAUGCUGACCAAACUCGCGACAAGAUCAUACAAUUUGGGACAGACCUCAAGUUCUUUGCCUCAUCUAGGGAUUAUGCCAGCUCCUGGCCUAGUUCGUCGUGGCUCUACUACUUCAAGGAAUCCAAUCCAUGGCUUGGACGGUACAAGGGUCGUUCAGCCCACUGUCUCGACAUAGCUUAUCUUUUCUUGAAUUACAAAGAUAUCAUGGACGAAUCCCAGAGAAAGAUAGCCAUGAGCUUUGCUCGCGACGUCAUUUCUUUCGUGAAUGCCGAAACUCCUUGGGCCGAAUUCCACUCUUCUGGAAAAAUGAGAGUGUAUGGCAUGCUUGAGAAUGACCAGUAUCCGGAGCAAAAUCUUGAAGGAGUCAAGUCAGCACCAUCUCAAGAGGUCCAGACCCUAUGGAAUGAGAUAGGACUUGAUUGCCUAGUUCAAGCAUGGGAUACUUAUUUCAUGAGUUCGUAG